UCAGCUGUAAUCUUUAUCAUUAAGCUGUCAAGCAGUGACUAAUUUUACUUUAAAUAAAGGAUUUUGGAGUUUAAUCAACUUUAAAAAGUCUCCAUUUAAUUAGUUUAUUGACUUGUUGUUUCUGUUAAACUUAUUUACUUGUAUAAUAAAGCAAAAAAUCAUGUUUCGAUCCACAGCCUUUGAUAAAUGUUUAGAUAAGGCUACAAGUAACUUAUUAAUGGAAGCUGACUGGCCUUCAAUUUUGCAAAUUUGUGAUUUAGUUCGACAAAACGAUGUACAACCAAAAUACGUUUUCACUUCUUUAAGGAAAAAACUGUUUUCUCCAAAUCCACAUACUGCAUACUACGCCCUACAAGUUUUAGAAAGUUUGGUAAAAAAUUGUGGUGCCCCUAUUCACGAUGAGCUUACUACAAAAGCAAAUUGUGAUAUGCUUCUUGAGUUGACCAAAAAAACUCAACAUGAAAAUGUAAGACAAAAACUUCUAGAACUGAUUCAAGUGUGGAACUUUGCAUUCAGAAAAAAUCCUAAACACAACUCCCUGAAGGAACUUAUGAAUUCACUGAAAGCUGACGGUUACAAGUUUCCAACAUUACGUGAAUCUGACGCGAUGUUUAUGUCCGAUUCCGCCCCAGCAUGGGCGGAUGGCGACGUUUGCCAUCGUUGUAGGGUUGCCUUUAGUAUGGUUCAACGUAAACAUCACUGUCGUGCAUGUGGUCAAGUCUUUUGUGGCCAGUGUUCACAAAAGACCAUCAGUCUACCAAAGUUUGGCAUAGAAAAAGAGGUAAGGGUGUGUGAUUCAUGCUUUGCCCAAGAAACACGACCGGCGACUUCCAAGACCAAUUCAGGUAAACAGGAAGAUAGUCAAUUGCCUGCUGAGUAUUUGGCAAGUUCACUGGCCCAGCAGAGUCAGAUGCCACCCAGGAAAACUGAAGACGAACUACGGGAAGAAGAAGAGCUCAAUUUGGCCAUUGCCUUAAGUCAGUCUGAAGCUGAAGCAAAGGAGAAAGAAAAAAUGAAAGUUACAGCUGAGCUUUUUACUCCCAACAAAGUUGUUUCAGAAGCUCGCCCUAAAGAACGCAGUCCGUCACCUCCUUCAGAGGAGCAAACAAAUCCAGAAUUGGCUCGUUAUCUGGACCGUACGUACUGGGAAAACCGUCAAACCACCGAACAGAAUGAUACCAAACGUGCUACAAGCCCAUCAGCUCCUGCUACAGCCCCUGUUCAAAAUAACGUCUCAAAACCGCAGACCAAUGGUAUCUCAGAUUCAGAAUUGAACGAUUUCAUCGAAACCCUCAAGUCUCAAGUUGAAAUAUUCAUUAAUCGAAUGAAGAGCAAUUCGAGCCGUGGUCGUUCAAUUGCUUGUGACAGCAGCGUCCAAACACUUUUUAUGAACAUCACCGCCAUGCAUUCUCAAUUGCUUCGUUAUAUUCAGCAGCAUGAUGAUCAAAGACUCUACUACGAACGACUCCAGGACAAACUGACUCAAGUAAAGGAUGCGCGCGCAGCUCUAGAUGCUUUGCGUGAAGAACAUCGCGAAAAAUUGAGGAAACAGGCAGAAGAAGCAGAACGUCAAAGACAGCAACAAAUGGCCCAUAAACUGGAAAUUAUGCGUAAGAAGAAGCAAGAAUAUCUCCAGUACCAAAGACAGUUGGCUUUACAACGUAUACAGGAACAAGAACGCGAAAUGCAAAUGAGACAAGAACAACAGAAGCAGCAGUACCUAGUUGGUUCACAAUUUGGAACGUUCAGUGGCUCCCCAGCUCACAAUCAGCCCUUCCCUCCUCCCCAACCUUCUAAUUCUGUUCCUUACAACUAUUCAUAUCCCCAAAUGUCUUUACCUCCCAAUAUGCCUGGGCCUGCUUCUGGUGGACCUGGUCCUCAACCUAUGUGGAAUAAUGCAAACAUGAGAAUGGCAUCAAUGCCUCCUGGAUUUGGUCCUGGCGCCAUUCCCCAAGGGGUGUUACAGAAGAAUCAAUCCCAAGGUUUGCCACCACCUGGCCAGAACACGCCUCUUCCCAAUCAGGUGUUAUCUCAGUCUGCCCAAAGUCUGCCUCAAAUUCCUCAAGGUUUACCGCAAUCUGGACCGCCAGGUAUGCCUCAGCCUGGACCACCAGGUUUGCCUCAGCAUGGUCCAGGUCUGCCUCAGCCUGGACAAAAUUUGCCUCCCCACCCAGGACAAGGUUUACCACACGCUGGUCCUAGUAUUCCGCCUCCUGAGCAACGUGGGCAUCCACAAAGUUUGCCCCAACAUUUACAGAAUUUGUCCCUGACCCAAGGACAAUAUCAGCCACAAGGGGGGCAAGGAUCGAAUCACAACGAAGACGCGCAAACUGCUGAAUUAAUUUCUUUUGAUUAAUAUAAAAGUUUAACAAUGAAAAUAUUCGAUUAAUGUAACUAUUAAUAUAACAGUUUAACAAUGAAAUUAUUGAGUACUCACAAUGUCCUAUAUAUAAUAUAUGAAUGUAAACUAUUUUUCCUUCCCUACACUUAAUUGUAAACAGUGAUUUUAUGCAUGCUUUUAUUUUAUUACCAAAUUAGUUCUAGUUUUAGGUUUUGCAUUAUUCAAAAAUAUAUAUACAUGUAGCUCAAUAAAUUGCAUUUACCUUUUUGUUAAAAUUAAUAGAUAGAAUGUAUUAUUAUUAUACCAGAGCCUCCAAAAAAUUAUGUGGAUAAUAUAAUUAUUGGAAUAUUA